AUGGUGAAAUCGAUUUUCCUAACAUUCAGAUCCCGAUUUGGGAGACACGAGAAGAAUUGGCCCGAAAAAUGGUGAAAAGAGCAGGAUGUGAUUGGUUAACGGGCGGGCCAUGUAUCUUGGGAGUCGAGACCAUAACUUGUUGGGAUGGAGGGGAACCCGAAAUUUUCCAGAGCAUCAUCCCAUCACAAAGUCCAUCCCACCUCCACCCUUCCCCCACAAUCUUACCACACACUUCCCAGCCAAUUUUGAAGGACACACCGUAACUGUAAUCGAUCACGGACGAGACCUUCCAAAUGUCUUCGAAAACCGCCAUCAUCUCCGUCUCCGACAAGAGCGGACUUUUGGACUUGGCCAAAGGUCUUGCCGAUGUCGGCGUUCGACUGGUUGCGUCCGGGGGCACCGCCAAAGCCAUUCGAAAUGCUGGCAUUGCCGUCGAUGACGUCUCGAGCAUCACCAAUGCUCCCGAGAUCCUUGGUGGGAGGGUCAAGACGUUACAUCCAGCCGUGCAUGGCGGUCUCCUGGCUCGGGACAUCGAGAGCGAUCGGAAGGAUCUUGCCGACCAAAAGAUCGAUGCGAUUGACUUUUGCAUCUGCAACCUCUACCCGUUCGAGCAGGCCGUCGCGAAAGAUGGCGUCACCAUCGAUCAGGCGGUGGAAGAGGUGGACAUCGGGGGCGUCACGCUGCUGCGAGCCGCCGCCAAAAACCACAAGCGCGUCACGGUUCUGACCUCGCCUUCCCAGUACGACGAGUUCCUCUCCGAGCUGAGGAAGGGCAAUGGCUCGAUCCCCGAACGAACUCGCGAACUGUAUGCCUUGAAGGCGUUCGAGCACACCGCCACCUACGACACCGCCAUCUCGAACUUUUUCCGCACCCAGUACACCUCCCCUCCAACCGACGAGCCCCACAACAUCGCCCUUCGAUACGGGACCAAUCCACAUCAGAAGCCCGCGGCCGCGUGGAAGGUGGAUGGGCCCUUGCCGUUUACCGUCCUCGGCGGCUCGCCCGGAUACAUCAACCUUCUCGACACGCUGAAUGCCUGGUUCCUGGUCAAGGAAAUCCGCGCAGCGCUCGGUAUCCCCGCCGCCGCCUCGUUCAAGCACGUGUCCCCCGCCGGUGCUGCUGUCGGAGUGCCCCUAACGGAGGAGGAGAAGAAGGUGUACAUGGUGGAAGGAAUUGCCGGGCUGGAUGAAUCGCCGUUGGCGUGCGCCUACGCCCGAGCUCGAGGCGCCGACCGGGUCAGUUCGUUUGGCGACAUCAUCGCUCUUUCGGACACGGUGGACUUGCCGACCGCGAAGAUCAUCUCGCGUGAAGUGAGCGACGGUGUCAUCGCGCCGUCAUAUUCCCCCGAGGCCCUCCAGGUUCUCACGAAGAAGAAGGGAGGCAAAUACCUGGUUAUGCAGAUGGACCCAGCGUACCAGCCGUCGGAGUAUGAAACCCGCACCGUACAUGGCGUCACGCUUCGGCAGAAACGGAACGACGCCACGAUUUCCCCGUCGUCCUCUUUCUCUUCGUUGAAAACGGGGAGCUCGCUCUCCGAAGCGGCAGAGAGAGACUUGACGCUCGCCGCCCUCGCCCUGAAAUAUACCCAGAGCAAUUCGGUCGCCUUCGCUCGAAAUGGGGGAACCAUCGGCAUCGGCGCCGGGCAGCAGAGCCGCAUCCACGUCACCCGUCUGGCUGCCUCCAAAGCGGACGUCUGGUGGAUGCGAUUCCAUUCCAAGUGCACGUCGCUCAAGUUUGCGCCCGGCGCCAAGCGACCGCAGAAGACGAACGCCAUCGAUCUCCUCUGUUCCGACUCGGUCCCGACCUCCGGCGACGAGCGGACGGCGUUCGAGCAGGCCUUUGCGAGCCCGGGCGACGUUCCGGAACCGUUCACUGCCCAAGAGAGGAAGGAGUGGCUCUCGCAGCUAACGGAUGUCGCCGUGGUCAGUGACGCAUUCUUCCCCUUCCCGGAUAACGUCUUCCGAGCUGCGGAGAGCGGAACGAAAUUCAUCGGGGCGCCCAUGGGGAGCCAGAACGACCCGAUCGUCCUCCAGGCCGCGGAGGAGCAGGGGAUUACGUUUGCGGAGCUUGGCAUGCGACUGUUUGUGCACUAGGAUUGGAUUCAAGCACAUAGACGAGACUAUAUAUACCACGUCUCCGUUCAUAAAGCGCUUGACCUACCGUGGGAGGAGCAUGGUACAAGGUAGUCUUGUGCAUUUGAUGACGAGUCUCAACCGUGCAAUGAUGAUAAGCGAGUAACGUUGGGAAACCAGGCAAUGUAUUGGUACCACGCAACCCAUGAUGGGGUCGAAGUCA